CGGGUGGGAGAUCCCUGGGUGACUAGCAGGUCCCUGGUCGUUUAGGAUAAUCUACUGCUUGAAAGUCAGCGCUUUUGCACGGUAGGUGCAGUGGAACCUCUGGGUUGUAAGUUACCUUUGAAGGACCCGAAGUCCAGCGAGCUCGUUGGCACCCGGGUCCCCUCUGAAAUGCUCUUGCCGGUGAGCCCCUGAGCCGGGCACGAGCGCGGUGUCGGCUCCCCCGAGCCCCCGUGGGCCCCGGGCCUUAGAGCCCGCGGUGGUGCCGAGUCGGAACGCCCGUGGCGGGGCCCAGGAGGACGUUCGUCCUUCCCACGUGAGUACUUUUUCCAGAUCCCUGAAGACAGGUUUCCUGCCCCGUGUUUCCAAACCACCUCUUCUCAUACUAAAUGGUUUUCCUUUGUUUUUUAGCUUUUCUCGGUGUCCAUUUUUUUUAAAAAAUCCUCCUGGAAUCGUGUGUCUGUGGACAGAUGAUAAAUCUGUUUACAUCCCGUUUUAAAAUGCUGGCAUUACAGUGCUCUACAGUUAGGUUUACUGUCAGCAAAAACUUUUUAUGCAAAGCGGUGGGUCUUCCACCCUGUCCUUGUGUGUUUAGGUGUCCAGGGACUUUACCCUGCCAAGUUUCAUCUUGUCGGAUUGUUUCGUUGAGGACUUUUCCAAUUCUUGUUCUCACUAUCCCACCUAAUUGUCAUCAACAAACAUGGCAAGCCUGCCUUCAACGUCUGUUCUUGUCUAGGUCAUUAAUUAAAAUAUAGGAAAGAAUUAAGGACAGGAGGAGUAGCACUAUGCUUUGAGUUUGUUCCAACCUAAUCUCAGUUAUUCCCUUUUUAAAAUUAUUGAUAUUUAGAGAGAGAAAGGGAGAGAGAGAGAGAAACAUCGAUCUGCUGCCUUUCGCACGCUCCCCAACUGGGGCAUGAACUUGUAGCCUGGGUAUGUGCCCUGACCAAGAAUUGAACCCACCACCUUUUGGUGUACGGGACAUCACUUCAACCAAUUGAGCUACCCUGGCCAGGACACUUAUCAGUUAUUCUUGACUCGAGUCUGAAUUUCUGUAAAUGUAGCAAAAGGAAUCUAUGGAGCCUUACUGGAAUCCAGGUAGACUGUUUCGUGCCUUUCCCCAAUGUACCAAUCAGGUUACCCUCUCUGAGAAGGAUUGUUUACAUAGAUCUUGUUUUGUAUAUGCUUUCUAGGUCUUAGGAACUACUUCUUUUCCAGGUCCUCACAAACACUUUCUUUAAUAAUAUAUGCUAAAAUUAUGUCUGCAUAGAUCAAAUCCACCCAUCUUUAGUUUGUAGAAAUCAUGACAUGCAUUUUGUUGAAAACUAAAAUAUGUGUCCACAUGCAGUCUCCUUGCUUCUCUUCUCAGGUGGUCAUCAGUAAUCACAACAGCAAUGGUGUCUUCUUGUCUGCAAGCCCUCAGCGUUCUAAGAAAUAUUUCCAGGCAGGGAUUAUUAGUUAGUUACAUUUCCUCUGACAGUCCUUUUUCCCAUUUGGGGUAGAUCCUUGUCAACCUUUUUCUAACUAUCAUUUUUUCAGAGUUCUUUUUAUUGUCCUUAAGUGGUUUUUCAAGUUGUAUAUCAAUCUGUGGGAAGGAUUACAAGUAUAAGAUGUAUAAGUAAUGCUUCUUCAUGCUCUUUCUGCCCGAGGCUGCUCUUUAGCAGGGUGAUAAAGGGCGCAGGCUUUGGAGCUGCUUUAGACCAAAUCUUAUUUGCCCCCUGAUGGGAAAGAAAAAACCGUGAGGUUUUCUUCACAGGAUUGAUGUGAGAAUUAAGAGAUAAUACACUGUAAAAUGCUUAGCGGUGCCUGGCAUAUAGUUUUAAAGUAUUAGUAUCAGUAUUAUUGUGAUGUGUUGGUACACCCAAAUAUAUGAUAAACAGGUAAGGCCAGAAGAGUUAGUCAAGUUUUACAUAGUUGAGUGGGCUUGAAUCAGAAAGUAAAGGCCGUCUGUUUCUAAUCCAUUUAUCCCACUAAACGAAACCCAUUUGAUUCAUUUCUUUCAGAUGGAACUGGAAGCAUUACGUUCUAUAUAUGAAGGAGAUGACAGUUUCCGGGAAUUAAGUCCAGUUUCAUUUCAGUAUAGGAUAGGUGAAAAUGGUGAUCCCAAAGCCUUCUUAAUAGAGAUUUCCUGGACAGAAACAUAUCCUCAGACACCUCCAAUUAUAUCUAUGAAUGCUUUCUUUAACAACACCAUAUCCUCAGCCGUAAAGCAGAGCAUAUUGGCCAAGUUGCAGGAAGCGGUGGAAGUUAAUCUCGGCACCGCUAUGACCUACACAUUGUUCGAAUAUGCCAAGGACAACAAAGAGCAGUUCAUGGAGAAUCACCAUCCCGUCAAUUCUACAACAUCCGUAAGCAAUAUCAUUUCAGUUGAAACUCCUACUAUAGCCCCAUCAAGUAAGAAAAAAGAGAAAAGAGAGCAGCUUUCCAAAGCCCAAAAACGUAAACUGGCAGAUAAAACAGAUCACAAAGGAGAGCUUCCUCGAGGCUGGAACUGGGUUGACGUGGUGAAGCAUUUAAGCAAAAGUGGCACAAAAGAUGAUGAAUAGCGCUUGGAAUUCCAAACAAGGGAAGAGCAUCCUUUAGACAGCAAACUGGGUUCAAAAUCUUCCGUCACCCUUUUCUGGUAUUGAGGUGGCUUUUUAUAAAACAAGUUUUUUGUACGUUUCCUACGUGAAAAUGUUUUAAGCUGCAAGUUCAUGAAGAGAUUUGGUUGUAGUAAAUUAUUUUCACAAACCUGGCCUUAAUAAAAGGUGAAAAUGUUACUGGUUCGUAUACUUUGGGAGCCUUUUGAGCUUUGUCAGUGGACAAAUGAGAAUACUGAAUAAUCAAUGUUAAUUUAUAUGAACUUAUUCUAGUGGAUCUGAUAGUGUCUUUUUAAGUAUGAAGCCCUUUUCCAAAACUCCUGUCCCAGGGAGUAGGACACUGAGUGAGCAGUCCCUCCGCAGCAUGGUCCGUAUCAGUAAGCUUCUCAUCUUGAAAGGCGUUCCUCUCCUCUUCCCGGAAUCACUGAGGCAUAAGUUGCUUCAGGGAAAUUUAAAUCCUGGUAUUUGAGCUUUACACAUAAUAUUCUUUUUCGUUUUUGUGGGUCCCCCUCCCCAAGGGUGAACUUUAGUAAGUGAAUGAAUAUCUGUUUAUACUUUUCUCUUGGUUUGGGUACUGUUUGAUCAUGGAAGCGUUCCUGGUGUGUGGAAUAGAAGAAUAUAAUAUAAAAACAAGUCUGCCCCGCAUCCGAACGGAAGUGCUGGUUUCUAUUUAAAACAUUUCUCCUCGCUGCAUUACCAAGAUGGGAGUACAAGAUGCCUUAAUAUUUAAUUUUUGUAUUGUUGAAGACAGUGGUCUUAAUAAAUUUCUAUUUAUCUGCUAGUGUAUAUCGUUAGUUGUUUGGUAACUGAGGUCUUGUAAAUGAUUUAGCAUAAAACCCCAUUUCAUGUUUUGUUUCGAGUAUUCAGAUGUAUUUCUCAACCCCAGCAUCUUUGUGAUAAUAGAAGUAUUGCAAAUGCUGAACUGUAGUACAUGCUUUUUUUUUUAAUCGUUAAUAGAGGAAACUAUUAGUGCAGUUUUAUCAGAGAGUUACUGAUAUCUUUGUGUGUUUACAGUGAUGCUGUUUCUGCUCCCCAGCUUUAAAACUACUUAGAACUACUGCUGUGCUCGGUUACACCCGUGCAGCUUGGGUUUGAGUUGUUAAAGAACAACUGAGUUUUAAAGAAGUUUCCUUAGCAUAAGAGCACCCUGAGCUGUAUUCCUGGUUUUUACUGGGCUGGCAUUGGUUUCGGUUAAAUCAUUUGAAUUAUAAAGUAAGUAUAAUCACAGUGAAGAAGCUUAAUCUCAUUUUUAAAAGCUGAGUCACAUUUAUUUCUUGAAAUAAUACGAUAGAAACAUUAAAAUUCAGGGCCACUGAAAUUGGGGUUGUGUGUGUACUUUUUUGUUGUGUUGAUUUGCCUGAUUUUUAAGAAACAAACUGGUACAUCUACUAGUGGAAGAAAGUACUUUGUUUUUCUCUGAAGAGUCUGAAAUUGUUCAAGCUUAUCGUUGGUUCAUAGAUUACCAAGAAUAAUGCUAGUAAAAUGCCAAUGAACUAUUUUUACUGUUUUUAUAUAAAAUGUACAAAUUCCGGGAGGUGAUGGUGGCAGCGGUGCCUCUACUACCUUGUGUCAGACACUUGACCAUUCUCAUCAAUACAGCCAUCACUGGUCAACACUCCCAAUAUAUUUUCUCAAACUCUGUUUACUUAAAAUUGUAUGGAAUGGCAUAAUUAAUAAGCAAUAAAACCUGAAUUACACACAA